GUGGUAUGUUAUACAAAACACAAUUUCUUUUCCGCAUGCCUCCAGCAACAAAGACAUGGAACCUAAGCUCAGGCAGCUGGAGUGUCUUUUUACAUGGGGAGUCGAAAAAUCAGACAUAAGGGAUUUGAACAGCUUACCAGACAGACUCCAUGACAGGAUCAGAUUUUGUCCACAAAAGUAUCAUGCUACAUAUUUCAACCUUCUGGCUUUUAUUAGCCACCUGGAGGGUAAAACUGAGAGUGCACUGGAUUACCUUCAAAAGGCUGAAUUGGCAUUAAGGGAAGACCAGCGAAAGAAAGCUGAGUUCCUUGUGACGUUCUCCAGUUUUGCAUGGGUACACUAUCACUUGCAGAGGUUAAAUGAUGUGGAAGAUUACUUGAACACCAUGAAAAGUAUAUGCAAGGACAUACCAGGUUCAUCAGAUUACUCCUGCAGCUUGCCCGUAGUACACGGUGAGAAAGGCUGGAGCUUUCUGAGACUUGGAGGAACGUACUAUAAGCAAGCAAAAGAGAGUUUUUCAAAGGCUCUGCAUUUGGGUUAA